AUGGAGAAAACUUACUAUGACAACCACGGCUACCUGGAACGUGAACCUGAACCUGAGCCUGAGCCUGAGCCUGAACCUGAACCUGAACCUGAACCUGAACCUGAACCUGAACCCGAAACCGCUGCUCCUGAAGCAACACCUCUACCUUACCCGAUUCCUUUCUCCACUUCAAUGCCAGGUGGGAUGAAUCCAUCCAAGGUGAUCACUGUGUCAGGCACUGUGCUCCCCAAUGCUGAGAGUUUUGAAAUCAACCUGCGUGCUGGGACUGACAUCGCCUUUCACUUCAGCCCUCGAUUCAGUGAAAGAUGUGUGGUCCGAAACUCUCUGAUCAAGGGCUCCUGGGGGCCAGAGGAGCGAAGGCUGUCUGGGGACAUGCCCUUUGUCCCAGGACAGAGCUUCACGGUGCAAAUCAUAUGUGAAGGCCGCUGCUACAGGGUGGCUGUGGAUGACCAGCCCCUGCUGAUAUACACCCACCGCCUGAAGUACCUGCCAGCCAUCGAUCACCUGGAAGUAACCGGCGAUAUUGAGCUUACAGAUGUGCAGUGCUAGCUGGGCUCCAGAGCCCAGUGAAGAGCUGGGGACAUGGCUGUCUGUGUCUUCUCCCUGUCCUCUGCCCUCCUCCCCCCACCUUCUGAGCCCUGCCAUCCUAGCAGGUGGUGCCCUGAGGAUUUCCCACCCAGGGGAGCCUCCAGGUCAUUCCUCCUGGCAGUGAGGGAGGACUGAGCCUUCCACGCAUCAUCCCAGGCCCAUACCGCAUAAGGCCCUCAAACACCUUCCUGUCCUCUGUGCA